UCUGUUUUAAAAAUCCUAAAAAGGUGAUAUAUUCUUCUAUCUCCUUGCUAUAUUGUUUGUUCCUCUGAAAAAGUAAAAUUGCGUUAAUGAAAGAAAGAGUGGUAGGAUAGUCGUUUAUGGAAGAAGAUCAAAGCGGAGAGGGAGAAUCAGAAGCAGAAGAUCAAAAACAACACAGCUCCCUCUCUCUCAUAGCUUUUCUAUAUUCAACAAUUAUUAUCAUUAAUUAUUAAUUUGUGAAUUAAUUAUGGGUGGUAAGAAAAAGGGCCUCUUCUCCUUUCGCCGCCGCUCCCACAAGAAACUUCCCGUGCCGCCUCACUCUCCGCAGCCUACGCUCGAAAUCUCCGGUUCCCCGUCGGAUAACCGAUUGGUCACGAAGGCCAAGAAAAAAACCGGCGGAGCGAGGCUAUGGAUGCGGUUCGACCGGUCCGGCCGCUCCGAACUUGUCGAGUGGGAGAAAAACACGAUCAUCCGCCACGCCGCAAUUCCCGCCAGAGACCUAAGGAUUUUAGGCCCUGUAUUCUCCCAAUCAUCCAAUAUCCUCGCGAGAGAGAAAGCAAUGGUGGUGAAUUUGGAGUUUAUAAAAGCAAUAGUUACAGCUGAAGAAGUUUUAUUGCUUGAUCCUUUACGACAAGAGGUUCUUCCAUUUGUUGAACAAUUGAGGCAACAACUUCCACACAAAACUCAACCAAAACUUCUUGGAGGUGGUGGUGGUGAUGAACAAGAGAGUGAAAUGCAGGUUUCUAGUUCAAGGCAAUGGUUGCCUGUGCCUGAGGCGACUGAAGGUUUACACUCUGAGCUUCCGCUACCUUUCGAGUUUCAGGUGUUGGAGAUUGCUUUGGAAGUUUUGUGUACUUAUCUUGAUUCAAAUGUGGCUGACCUUGAGAAAGGUGCUUAUCCUGUUUUGGAUGAAUUGGCUAGGAAUGUUAGCACCAAAAAUCUUGAACAUGUCAGAAGCUUGAAGAGUAAUCUUACUCGUUUGCUCUCACGUGUGCAGAAGGUGCGAGAUGAAAUUGAACAUUUAUUAGAUGACAAUGAAGACAUGGCUCAGCUAUAUUUGACAAGGAAGUGGUUGCAAAAUCAACAACUUGAGGCUCAUUUGGGAGCCACAUCCUCGAAUAACCUUUCAAAUUCUGCACAUGUUGUUCGACGACUUAGUUCUACCAGAAGUGCAAGUAUUGUGACUAGCAACGAUGAUAAUGAUGUAGAGGACUUGGAGAUGUUGCUUGAAGCGUAUUUUAUGCAGUUGGAUGGAACUCGCAACAAGAUAUUGUCUGUUAGGGAGUAUAUUGAUGACACUGAAGACUAUGUCAACAUCCAACUUGACAACCAUAGGAAUGAACUUAUCCAGCUGCAGUUGACAUUGACCAUUGCAUCAUUUGCUAUUGCUUUCGAGACUUUGAUAGCUGGUGCAUUUGGUAUGAACAUUCCAUGUACAUUAUACAAUCAAGAUGGAAUAUUUUGGCCAAUUGUUGCGGGUAUGACUGCAGUUUCCAUAGUGCUUUUCCUGCUUGUUUUAGCAUAUGCUAAAUGGAAAAAGUUGCUGGGAUCAUAAGUAUAUAGUUUUGUACAAAAUAGCAAAACAUGAAACUUGGCAGUCAGUGAUCUGAAAAUCAUACAGGAAUAAGAACUGGUCCUCAAAGUUACUUAUGAAGGGUGUAUCUCAAUUUCUCAAUUGUCAUUAGGCUGAUGACAGAAUGUUCCAAUAUUGCUUUUGACAUGGUUUGCUUCAUAGCUGAUACCAUCCACACAAGCAUUUUUUUAGCGUAUUGGGUCAAUCAAAUUUGAACAUUCGAACAUUCGUGUAGAUUCUGAAUUUAUUUUAAAAACACUAUUUUAUUAGUUAAGUUAAGACAAAA